AUGGGUGUUCCCGUAGCUCUGGCGACGGUUGCUGCCUGUGGUAGCAUCGUCACCUCUAUCAAAUCGAGCUGGGAGCUCCGCCGUAUGGUGAAGCGGAAGCAAGAGGCAAAGGAAUGCGAGGAAGAGGCGCCUUACAUCUUCCGCAGGCUGCGCAGGGCCUACAUCGAAGGCUUAAUGAGCACCAUCGAAUAUGAGCAGUGGUAUGAGAAGUUCCUGGUGGCCAAGGUGGAGAAGGACCUGUCCGGCAUGCGGAGAAUUCGCGCGCACAUGAGGAUUCUCGAGAACGGGGCUCCUUUAACAUCGUCCCACCGGUCAAGGGGUGUUGAGCCGCCCAGGCGGCGGCAAUCGGUCACGUACGGGGCUCCUCAGCCCCGCGCCUCGUCGUCGGAUGUGUCGUCUAAGGGACGGAGUCGGAGCACUUCUGGCCGGCAUGAACCCAGAGGCCGAAGCGAGAAGAAGUACGACAGCUAUGACAGCAGUGAUAGCGGCGAGAACUACUCGGAGAAGAGACACUACCGUGGAAGAAGGUAUUUUUGA